GGAUUUAAAACUCAGCCCAUUUGGCCUGAGCUCAGCCCUUCUCCCUUGCAGUGUGCUCAUAGUUGCUUAUACAGGGGUGCAUGAGUCUAUAGGUCAGUGUGAGAGUGUGUGUGUGUCCACUCACGCUGUGCGAGAUAGUGUGAGUUUGUCUCUAUGAGUCUGGUGAACCUAUAGCAGCGCAGAUUCCUUUCAGUGGUAACCACUGAGGCAAAAAGACAGAGAACAAGAGAGAGUGAAAGAGAGAGAGAGAGAGAGAAAAAGAGGGAGGGAGGGGGCGGAGGUGAAAAGUAAAUGUUCUCGUGUGCAGAGAGACUCUGAGAGGGAAGGCAACGAAGGAGAAAGGGGGGAAAAAAUCAUCUGUGAACGUUUGGAGACAGCUGCGGUAGGAACAUGCUGCUGGGCGUCCUGUUGGCGUGUGUGGUGGGAGCAGCUGUCCUCUACGCUCUCUUCUUCUGGCUCAUCCCCGCAGCUGUGCAGCACAACGCCUGGGCCGCACUGCUGUGGCAUGAUGUCAUUGUCGAGCGUUUCCUGGACUUCGUCACAAGCUCGACGCGACCUCAGCGGCUCCUCAAAGCAGUGCAGAAGAAGGCUAUCAGAGGGGAUCCCCAGAGCGUCAUCUCCACCAUCGAUAAUUUCUGCCGGAGCAGUGAGUGGGCUAUGAACGUGGGGGAUGAGAAAGGGACCAUCUUGGACUCCGUGGUGUGUGAAGUCAGUCCUGGCUCAGCGCUGGAGCUUGGCACCUACUGUGGGUACUCCACAGUGCGCAUUGCCCGCCUACUGCCGCCUGGGACCAAACUCAUCACUGUGGAAUUCAACCCAGAUUUCGCAAAGGUGGCUCGUCAGGUCAUAGAGUUUGCCGGGCUACAGGACAAGGUGCUGUUGGUGGAAGGCCCCUCAGGAGACCUGAUCCCCAAAAUGAGGGACCAAUUUGGAAUAACAACAUUUGAUUUGGUUUUCCUGGACCACUGGAAAGACCGGUAUCUUCCUGACACCAAAUUACUUGAGGAAUGCGGUCUGCUCCAAAAAGGUUCUGUCCUGCUCGCAGACAAUGUCAUCUGUCCGGGGACCCCAGAGUACCUUGCCUACGUUCGAAGUAGCCCUAAAUAUGACAGUAAAUACUUCAAGUCCCACCUUGAGUAUACUAAAGUGGAGGAUGGCCUGGAGAAAUCUAUUUUCUUGGGUUAAAACCGAGGAGGCAGCUGUGGUUAGCCAAAGGAAGAGCAUAUCAGAAAAAUCUUUUAAGGGUACGAUUCUAUUCUGGUAGUUUUUGUCAACUUUAACAAACAGCUCCUCACAUUCCUCUAGCUGUCCGUACCAUAUAUGUUUAAAACAACUCUGGUGUUUGAACUCAGUCCAAGUGCUGUUAAACAUAGAAAGUAGCUCAGACCAGGCCAUACACUGUUCCAGCCAAUCAAAAGGAAGGGAGGGGCAUAAUUUGAUUGGAUGUUUUUCUUAAACGUCAACAACUCUUUGCCAGAAUAGUGGCCCUCUCCUUUAACGGGAGAAUCUAAUUCGUAGAUGCUUUGCCCUCAACACUUGCUUAAAGAGGGUUAUAAGAAGGAAGGACUUAUAAUUACCACACAGCAAACUGGUGAUGAAUUUAAUACUGACAGUCUCCCUUUAAAUCAUGUUGCAUUGCAAGUGAAUGGUGAAGAAUACUGAGUGCUUAAAACAUCCAACUAGAACAGAAUGUCUGACAAUGUUUCCAUGUUAAGCGUACUCACCACUUUUUUAAUGACUGUUGCCACUGUGUAUUUUAGCUCAGUCCUAGUUCUCGUCGUUAUUUUGCCCUCUCCUGACAACAGUUACAUUGUGAUUCUGAGAGCAAGUACAGUGAUUAUUGACUGCCAAGGCAAAGGGAGUAUAAAUAUAAUAUAAAAAAAUAAUUUCCAACUGAGUUGACUUGAGAAUUUAAAAAGUGUUACGUGCCCACAGGAUUUGUAUGCCAUAUUAUUUCAUUUUUUAAUGGGAAAAUAAAAAUCUUGAGUUUCAUGUCAA